AUGUUUGUGAUAACUGGUAAAAUCCUUUUAAUUACUCUCUUGUUAUUCACAGUGAGACAACUGGUGGAAGGAGUGCGCAUCCUACCUACUGGACUAGUCUUUCACUUUGACGCCAUAGAGGAUAGUUUCUUUGGAGUAUACUCGUGCGAGGUCAGGGUCAAUGAUGAGGAGGGAGAGCAAGUCAUCAGGGCAAACUUCCAACUACACCCUACACCACCACCACCACCAAGUGUGUUUCCACCAAGUAGUACAUACCGGGUACCACCAAACUCAGUCUUUGAAAUCAUCUACGGCACUGUGGAGAAUGGGGAACCGAGUAUUAUAUACAACGGGACGGAAAUCACGGACAGCAAUGAGGAAGCGUAUCGCCUGUUGAAAAACGAGAGCCUAGAUUGCACCAGGAGUCUGGUCCACUUGAGGAUCCUAAUCUUGGAUGAUACCCAUGUGACGUUCACAGAAUCCAAUUUGAAAUACUUGAUCGAACCCUAUGAUACGUACACGAAUAAUGAAGCUAAACAAAGAUGUGGAGAAUGGGAAGAUGGCAGCAAAGUUUAUUCAUCCUUAAAUGAGGAAACUGCCCGGAGGAAUGAGCGGCAUGUGAAGAAUUACAUCCCCAACCCAUGGAACCGAACUAGGAGGGAACAGAAUAGGGGAUUUUGUGAUCAUAUGAAGCGACCUGGGCUAUCAGAUACAAGGAGAGUUUUUUCUGCGUCGGUGCUUCUUAGGAGGAAACAGACUCGUGUAAAUUGUUUGUCAAGAGUAAAGAACUAGUGAAAGCAUAUGCUUCUUUUUCAAAAGGUAGAGUUCAACUCUAGACUUUCUUCAAGAGGUAUAGUUUGCUCUAGGUUUUGGGUUUCAUGGAGCUUUAAUUUAUUUCAAUCAGAUUAUGCACAGUUUGUAUUAUCAAUUCUGUAAAGAUACCAUACAAGGUGUAGGCUAUGCAAAUUGUAAAGGUUGAAUUUAACUCUGUUAACUCUGACAUUCUGUAUCUUAAAUGUGGUGUUCCGCAGGGAUCCAUCCUGGGCCCAUUAUUAUUUCUUAUUUAUAUCAAUGAUAUUUGUAAUGUAUCUAAAACUUUAAAUUACACCUUAUUUG